AACAGAGGAACAAAAUAAUACCGAAACUCAAAACAAAACACAAUUUCUUGCUAGAGAGAGGAAAUAUAUUUAUAGUAACUUGUGAUGUUUUAGAGAGAAGAUUUUUUUUGGAUGAGUUUCUAAAUUAAUGUAUUGUUGAGUCUGUAAAAUUCAUUCUUCUUUCCAUGAAAAACCCUAGAAAUUUGCAUAAUAAUUUAAGGAGAAAGUGGUGUAGAUGCACAUCUCUGGUUAUAUACCUGUCGAUCUAUAUUCUUUUAUUCAAUUUCUAUUUACAAUUCUCAUUAUUCUCCUUGGAUUACUUCACUUAGUAAAAAAUACAGCCAAAAAAUAUUUCUUCGUCGACGCUACUUUCGACGAAGAAGUUGUAGAAGAAGAAGAUAAACAACAUAAUCAUACUCAAGAUACCAUUAUGAUUACUGCUGAAAAAUUCUCCUGUGCUUCUUGUGGAACUCAUGCAACCAAGUCGUGUAAUGGUUGUAAAGCUGUGAGAUAUUGCUCACCAAUUUGCCAAAGAAAGCAUUGGGGAAGUGGUCACAAGUACAAGUGUAAUGAUUUCAAGCAAAGGAAUCUAAAUUGGACAUCAAUCUUCAGCCAAAAAGGAAAGGCUUUUGGUUCUGGGGAUACAUCUAGCGCUGUUCUUCAAAGAACUAAAAAAGUUCUUUUCCCUUAUGAAGAGUUUGUAAAGCUUUUCAACUCGGACAAGCAAGGAUCCCCUCCUUGUGGACUUCUCAAUUGCGGAAACAGUUGCUUUGCUAAUGUGGUUCUACAAUGUCUAUCUUGCACACGGCCACUUGUUGCAUACUUGUUAGAGAAAGGGCAUCGCGAACAGUGCAGACGGAAUGACUGGUGCUUCAUGUGUGAGCUUCAAGUCCAUGUUGAAAGAGCACUAGAAAGUUCAUAUCCCUUUUCUCCAAUAAAUAUUCUUUCUCGGUUACCAAAUAUUGGAGGCAAUCUUGGCUAUGGAAAACAGGAGGAUGCACAUGAGUUCAUGAGGUUUGCAAUUGAUACAAUGCAGUCCGUAUGUCUUGAUGAAUUUGGUGGGGAGAAAGCCCUCCAUCCUAGCUCUUUAGAGACAACCCUUAUUCAGCACAUUUUUGGUGGUCAGCUCCAAUCACAGGUUACAUGUGCUGAAUGCAAUAAGAUCUCAAACCGGAACGAAAAUAUGAUGGAUUUAACUGUUGAAAUUCAAGGGGAAGCAUCAUCAUUGGAGGAUUGCCUGGAUCAGUUCACUGUCAAAGAGCGGCUUGAUGGGGAGAAUUUGUAUAAAUGUGAUGGGUGUGAGGACUAUGUGAAGGCCUGGAAGCGUCUCAGCAUCUGUCAAGCUCCGAAUAUCCUCACCAUUGCCCUUAAAAGAUUUCAGAGUGGGAGAUUUGGAAAACUGAACAAAAGAGUAACUUUCCCGGAGACGUUAGAUCUGGACCCGUACAUGAGCGAGGCAGGAAAUGGGAAUAAUUUGUAUCAUCUGUAUGCUGUUGUUGUGCAUGUGGACAUGCUGAACGCGUCAUUUUUCGGCCACUACAUUUGCUAUACCAAAGAUUUUGAUGGAAAUUGGUACAGGAUAGAUGAUUGCAAGGUCCUUCGUGUUGAAUUGGAAGAAGUACUAUCCCAGGGAGCUUAUAUGCUCUUGUAUAGCAGGAAUGGGGCUCGAUCAGAUUGUGUUAAGCACUUAAAACCUUCGACGGAGGAGCAGCAAGCAGUUGAUGUUGCGAAAGACGUACAGGGGUGCUCGGAGGAACCAGUUGGAUCGUCCGCCAUUGCUGAAUCUAUUGAUUUUCUCGAGACUUCUACAAGCAAAUCAUAUGAUAUCAUAUGCAAACCUGAAGAGGACUUGAAACUUCCAAUGGAGGAGGAUCAGCAAAGAGUUUAUGUUACAAAAGAACUGCAGGAGUGCUCAGACAAACCACUUGAAUUCUGCAGCAUUGGUGAAUCUAUUCCGUUUGAGACUUCUAUGAGCCAGUCAUGCAAUACUAAGUGGCACCCCGGAGACGACUUGAAACCUUCAAUAGAGGACGAUCAGCAAGCAAUUUAUGCUGCGAAAGAAGUGCAGGAGUGCUUAGACAAUACAGUGGAAUCCUGCGGCACUACUGAGUCUAUUGAUCUGUUUGAGACAUCUACGAGAAAAUCAUUUGAUAUUCUUCGCCAACCUGGAGCAGACUCUGCUUCUACAGUUGACCCUGCGAAUGAUAUGAAGUUAGAUGUUGAUUGCGUUAAAGCUGAUUUGAGAGACCCAAAUAACAGUCAACAGGAUAUAAAUUUUGCUAGUACCGAGUCAAAUUACUGUCGGAGUUCUCAAACAGCUGAAACUUCAUCUGCUUCUUCCAGUAAUGUGUUUGUCCCAACUGAGCGAUUUCAAGGAACUAAUCCUGAAGCAGGGUGCAGUUUUAGGGAGGGAAUCACAGCAAUGAGUGGUUGCAGUAUAGAAGAGGUCACUUCAUCAAAAUGUUCAGUUGGAGGCUCUUUGCCAGGUGAGGAUGGUUUCCAUCACAUUAAUGAUGCAUCUUAUGCUGUUCCUAUCACUGACUACAUUUUCACUAGAGAAACCCUAGACGUGGAUAAUCCUGCUAGUUGUCCAAGAUACCAAAACACCAAUUUGGAGAAUUCGGAAAAAAAUCCAUCCAUCAGUGUUCCUGUUUCAUCCAAGAGAAUUGAAGUCAAAGUUUUAGAACCUGCUGGAGAUAACAACCCUUGUGGAGUGAAGCGGAAGCCCUUGUUUGCUCGUGGUUUUCUUGACAAGAACAACAGGUGUAGGUCACAAAAUGGAAAAGGGAAAACCAAGAUGGGAUCUAGCGAAGUUGGUCUCUCAUGCAAGGUCAAGAGCUACUCCAAUGGAUUUGCUAAAACUCCUGGUAUUCUUUAUCAAAAUGGUACUAUUGAGUGUAGUAACCCAAAUGAUUCAAAUUGUAAUCCAUUAAAAUCCAGUUUUGUUGAGGAAAAUCCCAAGAAGAUGGUCCCAGGUAUCGUGGCAAAUGGAGAUUGCAAUGGUGAGAGUUAUCACCUGACUGAUUUUAUGGACAAUGAAGCUCCUCCAGUUUCGGCUAUCUCUGAUAUGAAUUCCUCAUCUGAGUCUCAAAAUAUGGAGUGUGAAGUGUCGAGCAGUAAAUCGGACAUGCAGUGUGAUUUUGGGGAUAGAAAUAGAACAUCAGCAGUAGUAAGGAAUAUCUGUUGAUUUUCGCUAGACCGUACUUUCUCUCACUCACUAACUUUUGCUUAUGAUGACGAAAUGGUAAAUAUUGAUCGAAGAAGACCAAAGACAAAGAACAUUUGUUUGAUGACUGUAGCGGCGCUCAUCUUAUUCUUGAUUUUGGAAGGAAAAGGCAUCCGGGGUGACAAAAAUGCAGAUACUCGCCUUGUUUUUUUUCCUGGUGAUUUGGGUGCCUUAUAAGUUACAACUACGAAUAUAAUAAUUGAUUAAAUUUCCCCCCUAUUCCGAAUGGUAGCCCUCUUUUCAUGGUGCCCAUCCGUUAGAAGAUGGUGUUGGUUUAUGGUGUGGAAUCAUUUGUAGAAAAAACCUCAAAUGCCUUUCCUUCUGUGCCAUGUUAGGUUUACCGCUGUCCAUUCUUGAAGUCAUAAUAGACACAAUUUGUAGUGUCUCGUAAACUUCUUGAUGAUUUUUGUUUCUGCCUAGACUCAUUGUUGCUAUUGUUUAUCCACGCUAGAGUGGAUGUGGGAUCUUACAGCCAUCUUUUAACAUCUUAACCAAACUGAAUCUACUCUAUUUCAUGAUUCCCCGUAUA